AACGUUUGUUCAGUUAUGUUGUUAAGAGGCUGGUAGAUAUUUAUUCCUUGAAGACCAAUUCAGGAUCACCUAAAGAGACAAAAGCUCUGGCAUUUAAGCAGGCGUUCAUUUCUUACGGUGGUGCAGCUGAUAUUGGCUUCUACUGUCUGCUUUCCUAUUGCAGCCUGCUUUUCCGACCUGCACAGCAGCAGCAGCAAAAAAAAAAUAAUAAUAAUAAUUUUUUUCUGGACUGCUAAAGUCAUUCACAUUUCUCCUGCAUGGCAAUGAAUUCUAAUACAUUUUAAGGAAGCUUUUGUGCUUACGUGCAUAUACCUACAACAAGUGAAGUGCAUGGGGAUAGAGCUUGAGCAGUCAGUCAGUGAGUAGUGUAGUAGCUGGCUCACAUGUAUGGAGUAGACUUGUGAGGUCAGAGAAGCUGUUUAUAGUGCUGUGUGCUUAGGGGGAGAAAGAGAGUGGAUUUGUCUAUCAAAGUAAAUAGCAAUUCAGCCAGAAGCUUUCCUUAGCUUUGUAAUUCUGAAAUGUUUGGAUAGAUGAGAGCUGCUACUGUAUAACGUGUGGAUCCUCUGACGUUUGUAGUGGACUAAGGAAUGCUUUUACUUGCUGCUGAGCCUGAUUGUAACUGUAUUGCUGUAGGACAAUUACCAUGGGGUCUAGAGCUACUGAAACGGCCCGGGAACUGGAAGGCACCUCUUUAAAGUACCAAAUAGGAGGACACGCUGAGAAAAUGUGGCAACGGCUCAAAGGAAUAUUAAGAUGCCUGGUCAAGCAACUGGAGAAAGGUGAUGUUAAUGUGGUGGAUUUAAAAAAGAAUAUUGAAUAUGCAGCAUCUGUGUUGGAAGCAGUUUAUAUUGAUGAAACCAGGAGACUUUUGGAUACUGAAGAUGAACUCUCUGACAUCCAAUCUGAUUCAGUCCCACUGGAAGUACGGGACUGGCUGGCGUCUACCUUCACGAGGAAAAUGGGGAUGACGAAAAGGAGACCUGAAGAAAAGCCAAAAUUUCGAAGCAUUGUACAUGCUGUACAGGCUGGGAUAUUUGUAGAAAGGAUGUACCGAAGGACCUCUAACCUGGUUGGUUUGGCAUACCCAGCAGAAGUGAUAGUAACAUUUAAGGAUGUUGAUAAAUGGUCAUUUGAUGUGUUUGCCCUAAAUGAAGCAAGUGGAGAACACAGUCUGAAAUUCAUGAUGUACGAGCUGUUCACCAGAUAUGAUCUUAUGAGCCGUUUCAAGAUCCCUGUGCCCAGUCUUAUUUCAUUUGCAGAAGCUUUGGAGGUUGGUUACAGCAAGUACAAAAAUCCAUACCACAAUCUGAUCCAUGCAGCUGAUGUUACUCAAACUGUGCAUUACAUAAUGCUUCAUACUGGUAUCAUGCACUGGCUCACAGAACUGGAAAUCUUAGCUAUGAUCUUCGCAGCUGCAGUCCAUGAUUACGAGCAUACUGGGACCACAAACAAUUUCCAUAUUCAGACAAGGUCAGAUGUUGCAAUUUUGUACAAUGAUCGCUCUGUUCUUGAAAAUCAUCAUGUGAGUGCUGCUUACAGACUUAUGCAAGAGGAAGAGAUGAACAUUCUGGCAAAUUUAACCAAAGAUGACUGGAGGGAACUUCGUAGCCUGGUCAUUGAGAUGGUCUUGUCAACAGAUAUGUCAGGACAUUUCCAGCAAAUUAAAACAAUGCGCCAUACUCUGCAGCAGACAGAGGGGAUAGACAAAGCCAAAGCCAUGUCUUUGAUUCUACAUGCAGCAGACAUAAGCCACCCAGCAAAAUCUUGGGAACUGCACUACCGGUGGACAACGGCACUGAUGGAAGAGUUUUUUCGACAGGGAGACAAGGAGGCUGCUCUAGGGCUACCAUUUUCCCCACUUUGUGACCGCAAAUCUACCAUGGUGGCUCAGUCCCAAAUAGGUUUCAUCGAUUUCAUAGUAGAGCCCACGUUUUCUCUUCUAACGGACUCAAUGGAGAAAAUUAUUAUUCCUCUUAUAGAGGAAGCUUCAAAGUCUGAAAGUUCUGCCUUUGGGACACCCAGCCAGCAUAGCUUGGGAGCACUAAGCAAUGCUGAUGCACAAAGAAGACCCAGUGUUAAAAGUACUACAAGUGAUGGAGGGACUUGCACAGACAAUUCUUUAGCAACUGUAGACCUAUCCAGCUUUAAGGACAACUUGGUGCAGAUCAUUCAAGAAAAUAAAGAAAGAUGGAAAGAGUUAGCUGUGCAAGACAUAUCAGGAAAAGAAAGUAACAGAAGUAAAGACCAAGACAGUAAAAGAGCAGAUGUAGAAAUACAGGAGAAAGCAUCAAGACGUAGAGAAGAUUGUGUACUGUCUAGUAAAUCCUGUCCUGUCUCAACUCCACUACCAAAUGUUCUCACUGGUUCUGUACUACAGUACCCUGAUAGAAACACAGCUGAGCCAAUGGAAAUCAACUUUUUAGUUUAUAAUGCAGACUCAGAGCUCCUACAGCCACAGGACAGUGAUACUAUGGAGACCACAGAAUCAUAUGAGGAUUUCAUAGGGAAUGAACCUACAUGGAGUAAGGAGGGUCGGGACAUAGAGUCAGAUAUACAAGAGAUGAGAGACAUGAUACCAAAAACAAGAAGUCUGGGUCCUAAUGAGAGCGAUGAUAUCAUCAUUGAGGAAUAUAUACCUGACUAUCCUGAACCUGAAACCCAACCAUUAACCCAUCCCUGUGAUUACCCUGCCAAAACUUUUCAAGAACAGACCACUAACUUUUCUUUUUUUCAGGCAGAUUUAACUAAGAGUGACAUGGAGAUCUUAUCACUGUGGAAUGAAGAACUUGUGAGAAAUGUUGGUGAACAGCAAAAAGACCAAAGCAGAAAACCCGCAGAUGCACAAUUACAGGAGGAAACAACAAGGACACAAAAUGAGAGUAGUCAGGGAAGUGAUGACACAACUUUACCAAGAAGCUCCACUCCCAGUUCUUUCGUCCUACAAGUUAUAACUUUCGACUGUCCUCCUAGCGCAUCCAGCUCGGAGAAAUUCACUAACUCUGAUCCAAACCAGAAAGAUCUCACCGAGGCACAGCAAGAAACACAGCCCACUGACCCAUUGAAUGGUGAGCCUAAACGCUGUCAAAAAUCAGAAGAUAUAGUAAAAGUCACUGAACAAAAACAUGCUGUGAUACACAACUAGAUUUGCUGCUACUUAAAGGCUUCUGACAUUUUAGUCAUGAGAGGAAAAACAGAACAGCACUACAAGUUCCUAAUUCAGCUUUCUGUGAGGCUGUUAUCUCCUCUACCUACUCAUUCUUGGACCAUGCUAUUUUUAUGGACAACCAUUGGACAAAAUAAUGAUAGUAAAAAACCAUAAAACCCUGAGCUGGUAACCUCAAGGCACUUAAUAACUCUCAAGAUUUCAGAUGUAUUUGUAACUUUUAUUUCCUCUUCUAUCUUGCCUUCUUAAACCUAGCCAGAGUACUUUUUCAGCCAAAACUUGGACUUCAUUUUAUUUGCAUCACUGAAACCAGUUGUUGCCAAAUGAGCAUGAGAUACAUGUAAAAUAUGAGGCACUUACCAUUUACACUAGUUUGCUAUAAAACUGCUGGUAACCUUGAUCUACAUCCAAUGGAAAUGGAAAGCCAAAAUGAAGCUGGCACAGACAAUUGUUUAUGCAUCCACAUUGCAUAAUAACAUUUAAGGCCCACUUGUCAGGUUUCUUAAAAUGUUUGGGAACAAUUAGAAUGUAGACUGUACAGAGAAAUGUUAGUGUUGUACUAAGCAGCCCAUGUGAACAAUCAAUGUAUCCUGAUGCUGUGGCUGCAAUUUGGAGAAAACCUGGUGUUUAAUGAAACCAGCCUUUGAAAUAUCAGUUGAAAACCUGUUAAAUAAUUGUCAAUGCUAAGAUCAAAAUGUUCUAAUGCCAUGUCCUAUGGUGUUCCAUAAGACCUUUGCAGUGGAGUCAUGCCUGCCAUGGAGUUAGGUGUAUAUUGUUCAAGAUCAGGGCAGGGGAAGCAGAUACAAGAAUGUUCAAGUGACACAUUGGCUUCACUUAAACAAAACCAUGUAUAAAUAGUCUGCAGAUGGUAUUGUGGCCCCUUAGACUGAGCAGGAAGGAAAAAUUUGGGGGCUUGUGGGUGAUUCUGUUUGUAUGAAAACUCAGUGACAUGGAGUCAGGAUAAUCCAUGCUGUAUUUGGUUUAUUUACAUAAAAUAUUCACACAAUCCUGUUUCCCCGAGCAACAGUAGAAGUGUACAGCAAUCAGGCAGUUAAUUUCCAUGUUCAGAAACUCCCAAAUGAGCCUUUCCAGCCUGCACAGUGCCCAAGGAGAGGCUCCCAUCCUUCCAGGGUCACACAUGAUGACUUCUCCUGGCUCACUCCCUCUAACUCACACAGCCUGCAAUCAACUGCUCGCCCCUGCAUCUGGAAUCUAAAGGGAAACCCUGUAACUCCACACUGCCCUCUGGGUUGCAUGCUUUGACCAGGUGGCUUAGGCCUUUAAACUUACAAUAUUCCUUUAACAGGCCUUUGGAUGGUGACCUCCAUGACCAACAACCCUUCAUAAGCAGCCACUAGCCCCUUUUACAACAGUAUUCGGUGGGUGUGAAAUUCACUCCUGUCUAGACAGCCAAAAUGAGACCUAUGUACUGUUUAUUUUCGGGCCCUAAGUGGGACUAAAGUGGAGCAUAGGCCUCAUACUGGUCCUCAGCAUGGGCGAAUUUCACCCGGCUUGAAUGAGGGCUAAUGCAAUAGUCACAGUUAUGUUGAUUCUCACGUAUGUGUCUGUAUUUGUUGACUCUGCCCUUUUUUUGGUCUGCACACACCCGAGCAAUUGUGAUUGAACUGGGUAUAUUGCAAGCUCUCAGUAUUGGGGUUAAGGGACUACCAAAAGGUGGAACUCACGUCAUUCAACACAUAAGCCAUAUAUUCACUAUGCAUAUUUAGUGUGCAUAGUUUUAAUUUAAGAAAUAUUUGUGCAUAGAGGGUGUAAAAAGUGCAUUUUAAAUGUUUUGUGAAUCCGGUCCAGAGCUUGUAUUUAGUAUGGACUUUCUGUACAGGGCAAAUAACAAAUGAAAUGUUAACAUGAAAUUGUAUCAUAUACAUUAUAACAUAACUGGGGGGGGGAAGCUGGGGGGUUGUUGUUUUUUUGUUUUGUUUUUUUUGCUGAGUUAAGGAUUUAUAUAUAUACUCUGCUAGAGUUUGGACAGAUCAUUAGUUACCUGAAUCCCUCAAUUGUACCUUCUCAUCCUUUCACUGAAUGGUUUUCACCCCCUCUUAUAAUAUACUAUAAAUAAUAUGAUGGUUUCUUAGAACCAUUCUGAUGAUGGAAAAGACAGUUUGGUCAUAUCAGAAGUAAUUUUGUAAAGUCUGAGCUGACUAGGUACUGUGGCAUAGUUGCCUUUGAAUUCAAUGGAAGUCUUGCCUCAGUAAGACUGGAGUAAGAACUUCAGGAUGUUGCCAUGUGGAAAAACAUGGGGCUAGAUUUUUCAGAUGUGCUGAGCAUCCACAGCUCACAUUGGAGUUGGUAGGGGCUGCAGGUGCUUUGGCAUCUUUGCAAAUGAAGCCAAUGAAAUCUUACUGUUAUGAGAGAGUAUUUUCCAGACAUGCUGUUCAUGGCUCACAGAGACCAACAGCUUUGCACAAAUGCAUAAAAAGUUUGACCCACACAUUUCAACUUUUGACUUUUUUUCAGAAUUGAAUUUUACCUCUCUACUGUAUCUAUGUCCAGUAGUGAUUUACACACAGCAGACGUUUGUUACUGAAAAUGUAUUUACCAGCAGAAUUCACUCCAGAAUCUGCAAGGCCCUGUGUGCCUUAUGUGAGGUGUUCAGCAUGCUCCACUCAUAUUGAGCACCCUCAGCGCCUUGGCUGGGAGUUAGGGGAGCUCUACACCUCAUAGGAGGUAGUCAGCACCUUCCAGGACUGGAUCAUUAAUCUGCAAAUGUAUCUUCUGUAUAAAUUACCUGACUUGCUAGUUUGUAUUAAAUUUAAGCACUGUGAUGGACUUCAUUGAAAUAGUGACGAAGGAUACUCCAUUUUCUCAAGUAUGUCUUCUAGGUAACAUCAGUUAAGUUUGUUUCUUUCUUUACAGUAAGAUUGUACCUGUGUUUGACCCAGAUCCUGGGUUAUCUAUAGAGGUGAAAUUUACCUCACUGGGGAGAAUCAACCUGAGACCUAUGUGCCAACUCAUUUGACUCUUCAAAAUAUAGUAUAAGGGGGACUUAGAUGGUGUAUAGACCUCGUGCUGAGGCCUCUGUAGGAGGAUGAAUUUCCCCCUUAAACGUUUGAGGAUGUACUAACACAAUAUUGCCUGGGGCCAUAAAGAAUGGGGUUUGUGUAUGCAUCUCCCCUAGAGCAUUAUGGCAGUGUUUCCCAACUGGUGUGCUGUCAGGUUGAACAGGUGUGCCAGAGAAUUUUUUGAAAAACUCCAUGUGAGAACAAAAAACUUUCCCAUGUAUUUUAAUUAGUGUCAGAGUUGGAUCACAUUCUGUACUUUUGCUGUCUGAGACAAGGCCCCUUUCAAAUAUUAUGCAUGUGUCACAUUCUCUUCCCCAAAGGGAGGUUAAGAUAGCAAAUUUGACUCCUGUGGAAGGGUGGGGAGGGAGGGAGAAAGAAGGGGGGAAGCCACCUUCUCAUUGGCCAUCUGCCUCACUGCCCUGCCCCCUCCAGAGACAGAGCAACCAAUCAGAGCUCAAUCUCCCUCCCUCCUCCCCACCUGUGAGCAACGGGCCAGCUCCUCUGUCCCUCCCACUCCCUCCUGCAGCUGCUGGCUGAGUGUGGGAGGAAGAGCCCCUGGAGCCACCCGCCCCAGCCUGCAAGUGGAGUGGGAACCCUGCUGCAGUGCUCCAGGGUUGGAAGGGAGGAAGAACUGCAGGAGAAGCAGAGAUGGGAGGCUGAACUGGGGGGCGGGGGCUGGGUGUGAGUUGGCGGUGCAGA